GAACGGCUGAGGAAAAAGAAAGAGGAAGAGGCAGGUAUCUUUGCAGUUCUACAAGAAGUGUGGGCCAAUCGAAAAGCCAAGCGACGCCAAGAAGCCUACACGCGACAUUACGAUUUUGUAUCCAAAGGAGUUGUUGAACUGAUCUUGCAGUUUGUGGAACAGGUUGUUCGAUAUCGCGCAUACACUGGAUGCCUUAUCCCAUCGAAGUUGUUUAGUCAGUGGAAAGCUCAGUUUAUCACUGGCAAGCCGUUUCAACAGGUUGCCGAUAUUGAAGAAGAUCAAGGCACACUUGUAGACUUGGAUCAUGCCGAAGAGGAGCUCGAUGAAAUGAGUCUGCUCGAAUACCUGGAGGACCACUUGUUUUUUGUGUCCAGUAUUCUCACCAUCAAAUCGAACUAUUUUGAUGAAGAUCAUGUUAUUUACAUUCAGAACCUUCGUGGCGAGUGGAGUAUUACUCAGGUGGGAAGGAUGGAGACUCAACCUCUUCCUGAUGCAGCCACGCAGCUGACAGUUUCUCAAAGUAUUGACUGGCGGACGGACAAUGUCAACGCCAACUCAAACGGCAUGCCCGUGUUGAAUUUUGAGUCCAUGACCACAGAUUCAAAUCCCGUUUUCGACUGGGUCAUCAACCGACUCAAGCAACUUGUCUAUCCUCCUCCGAAAGCAGCAGCUAAGCCAGAUCUACCGGAAAUUCCCAUUCGAGCGGCGAUCUUGGGCAAGCCGCUAUCAGGAAAGUCAACGUUUUCGCAGAUGCUCGCGGAAUGCGAUCGACAACCCGUUCAAAUGCGCGUGAGGCAAGGCUCCUAUGGUGUCUAUCCGAAAUAUGCUCCAUUUUGGAACCCAUACACGUCUAUUUGUGUGCCACAAAUGUUUUGUUAUCCAGCGUACAAUGCAGAAGUGAUCAAUGUCCACGACCUUGUCCAGAAUCUCCUUGAAUUAUUUCACGAAAAUGAAGAGCAGUGUGAACCUGAUGACACCUCUCAAGACGUGUGUAAACAGUUUGAGGUUGGCAAGCGAAUAAACGAAGAACUACAAGUGGGACGAGAACUUUCCGAUGAACUACUUGCGCAGUCUGUGUUUGAACAUAUAAGAUCUCUACCUGACGGUACAAGCUUUAUCCUCGACGGGUUCCCGACAAACAUCAAACAAGCUGAACUUCUAACACUCCACCUGACUGUUGCAAAUUUCCCAGAAAAUUCUCCAACGGUGGAUAGCAAUAAGCUGACCAGUAAGGAAGAGUGUGGUCUUGACCUGGUCAUUCUAUUGGAUACACCUGAUGAUGAAAUAUUUCGUCGUGCGGUUCGAUUAUCCUCUGAACAGCCAGAACAAGAAGUACAACAAUCUGAAACUAAUGAAGAUCAGUCUACACAAGAGCCACUCAUAAAAAGAGCAAAUUCUACCCUCCCACCACUAGAUGGCCUUCAUAAUCGUCUCGAAGAAUUUCAGGAUGCUUGGCCACAGUUAGCAGAGUUUUACGACAAAAGUGUUACCGUCGUACACGAAACUGUUGCUGACCAAACUUCAACUGACUGCAACAAGGCAGAAGCGGAUGUGGCUAUCCGCCAGACGUACGCCCAAAUCGAUCAGCUGUUCCAGAAUGUUUUAGCAAACCGGACAAAGAGGGAACAGAACGUUGAACAACCAAAUACGUUAGACGAAGGACUGCAGGCGAUUGAUCAUUUGAAAGAGAAGGUGCAUGAGCCUACAGAAGGAACGGAUAGUUUGGCGAAAGAG